GUAAAAAAAAAGUUGCAUUUAAAAAAUUAAAAAAAGCCGAAACAAAAAGGGAAGAAAAACGUGCAACUGAGAACACAAUCGGAGUGUACGAAAAUGGAGGCUCUGGCGGAGCUUGAAACAGUCCAAACCCGAAUACUCCGCCGCAUAUCGGACCUUGAGCUUUCUCACUUACCCCAAACAUUCUCUCACUCCACCUCUCUCUCCUCCGCCGCCCCCACCCCCGCCGGCGCCGGCGCCGAUGCCGAUGCCGAUUCUUCAACCACCACCGAAGGCCGCCUCUCCGCCAUCCUCCACGCCAACGCCGUUCGAGAAUUCUCGUUCAAGCGCGUGCCUUCUGAUUACUACGACUGGACUCUCGAGGCUCGCCGCGAUAUCCUCGGCGCCGCCUCCGUUCAUCAUCUCUGCAAGAGCAUUGUUCUGGUUAAUACUCAAGCCCCAGCUGAUGUAACUGAUUGCAGUAAUCGUAACUGUUCCAAAUAUUAUGUCGUUGUUGUUCAGUAUACUGCUCGCUUCAAUGCUGAGACUGUCAAGAAUUUUCUUUACACACUCAACGAUGGCAAGAUAUCGAAAAAGAAAUUCAACAUGAGGCUUGCACCAGAAGAAAUAUCAGGAAAGUUGACUGGUUAUGAACACAACGGAGUAACUUGCAUUGGGAUGAAAACUGAUAUCCCGGUUAUUUUGGAUGAAGCAAUAGUGAAGCUCAAUCCAGAUUUCUUCUGGCUGGGAGGUGGCGAGAUCGAUCUUAAAUUAGGGAUCAGAACUUCGGAAUUCGUUAAUUACGUAAAGCCGUUCAUUGUUAACUGUAGCAGCAGUUGAUUUCUCCCAGCCUGAAUAUUUACAUGGAGAUUUUCCAGGUUUGUGUCGGUAAUUCCUUCACACAAUAAAUCAGUUAUUCGUCUGAUAUUCACUUAUACUUCUAUUUUAUUUUAUUUUUCGUUACAUAUAUCAAAUAUCAGUGAUCUCAAGUUACCAAAAUUCGUGAAAACAUUAUGUACACGUAGCUUAAGUUAGGUAGAAAAUAUUGAGGAAGCCUGCAUCAACAUCUAACUUUAUUUUUGGGGACUUUAAAAUAGUUAGCAAUCCGUCACUUUCUACAUUGAUGAUUUGCUUCGUUAAUAUCUCUCUAAUUUAAUGAGAUGGAUGAGUGUCUUGCGUAUUGGGAAA